AUGUCUGCGAAACGAGACACACUGUUUCCGUCUGGCUCGAUCGGGCGUACCCCAUCUAUCUCGCGUACUGCAUCUCAUGAAAGCCUUCCUACGCACCCCCUUCUCUCCCCAACUCCCGGCUCGCCACCGACGACCACUUUCGCAGAAUCGGCCUCUGGAGCGCCUCGUUAUGUCCCUUACACUCCUCGCCAUAGAGUCACGCCUACAUCUGCGACCACCGGAACGACUAUGCAGCCAAGCAUGAGUGCCGCAGGGCCGCAGAAUGCCUCGCACAGCGAUGCUACCAGCAAGCUGCAGAUCAUGAACCUAAAGGCCGCUGCCCAGCGGAUUGGAUUGGAUACGGCUAGCACGGGCUGGGCAAUCCUCGAGCGGUUGAGUACUGAGACUGAUCAUGGACCCGAAUGGAAUGAGAUAUGGGGUGCACUGUCGUUCAGUAAAGCCACACUCCUCCUCCCUCUAGACAAUCAUCGUUCGAGCGAACCUAUCACCCCAGAGUUCAUAAAAGAUCACAUCGCACUAUGUGAUGGGAGUGGCCGGAGUAAUGCUCCUAUCGUUACCCUGUCCGGACUGCAAGGCACACUGAAGGAUACUACACUAACAUUCCGUUCUACUCUACCACCGGCGUCGACGUUGUUUCAAGCGCUCCUCAAUCCGGCUGCACGGUCCUCGGCACUUACAGCCUUGCCUCCUCUACCAAAUCCACUAUUCCAAGCAACUGUCGCCGUUCCGCCAUCCCCAUCUUCUUCUACUGCAUCUGUACAAACCCCACCACAAUAUCCGAGGUUCAAUACACCUUCCUACGCCCCAGCGCUUCCCAUACCACCACGUCCGUCUGUGACAUUCAAACCGCCGCUUCCCCCUCGGCCGGGUGCGCGCGUUCUCAGUGGUCCCGCGAACCCAGCAUCACGUCUCUCCAAUCCGUUUGCUUCUCUGUUCGGUCGUGCCACGCCACCAGCUAGUCCGUCGACAGCUCCGACGCCUCUCCACUCCGAACCCAAUCCCAUUUCACUGAACACGUCAGGGUCCUCGCCUACAGGGUCUCUGUCAUCGCAACCAGCGUUGUCCCCGGAUCGUACUGGCCCUGCCGAACACUCACUUGAGGUACCCGCCUUUACUAUAUCCACUCGCAUCGAUCGUGCGGCCCUUGGUCGCUCCUUAACCGAUGCGCUCCUCGGAGAGAUACGUGCUGUGCUGGGGGAAGCAGCCGUCCCAUCAUGGGCCAUAGAACGCGUUGAGCAAUUUGCGAAGCCACUGUUCCCCCUCGUUCAUGCUACCAACACCGGGGGCAAGGAACCCUCUAUUGGGAAACCUGGCUCGGGAGGGGACCCUGGCGGCCCAGUGGCUCGUGCCGUCAGCGGAGGUGGGCGUGGCAGAGGAAGGGGAAGUGGUGAGUGGGUGAUUGCCGCGAGCCCUUUGCAGGAGCGUGCCGAAGACAUGUCCAACAAGUUUCAGGAGUUCUACAUAGAGCUCGAGGACAUGCUCUGGUCGCGUCUUCCGAAGAGUACACGCAAGUUACGUAAAGGACAUGGUAAGGGUGCGCAGCACGCCAAGGAGGAUGGCGGGGACGCUCGCCCUCCGACACUUGUGCAACUCGAUACAGUAGCCCGUUCACCAGCAGAGAAGGCCGCAGUGCUGGUGUCGGUGCAUAAGAUUAUCGUCGACGGGCUGGCCAAAUUGCCUCCAAUCGGACUCAAGCCUGAAGACGAGAUCAUCGAUGACGGGAAGACACCUCGCGCGAAAACCACGUUCGGGCGAUAUAGUGCCGAAGAUGACAACGACGUCGAGGACAAAGAGCUGACGACGACCGCCACCGCAGUGCCAGCUGCUAAUACACGAGCACCCGAUCCAAUACCUGAACAGCCAGUUGUUUCGCCAACAAUAGUGCUCUCGCCCGUCGAUGUCUCCUCUGCCUCGGGCGAAUGGUCCCUGCCCGUGCAGGCAACACAGGACGCCUCGUCUGUCUCUCCUGACUUGGUCCCUCCUCGUUCUGCGUCUCUACGAAGCACCUCUCCCAUUCACACCGCGCCAUCUCGGACGUCCUCUCCUACGCCGGUAUCUGGGGAUGUCAUUCUCCCCUUGAUGAUCUUUGCCGUCGUGAAGGCGAACCCGCCGAGACUCGUUUCAAACCUAUUGUACAUCCAACGCUUCCGCAGGGAGAGCGCCUCAGGCGGUGAAGAAGGCUACUGCCUUAUCAACCUCAUGGCCGUCGCCGAGUUCUUGGAGAAUGUGGAUUUGGUGGCUCUGGGUCUGGGAGACAGCGAAAACACGGUUCUGAGUCCCGCACAGCUCAGUCCAAUACCAUUUGCGCGCUCUGUACGCGGGGCACAACCCCCCUCUCCUCAAGCUAUGCCAGCUAGCCUUCGCGGACGUGUGGAGCAGCAGGUCGAUGCAAUCACUGGUUCCGCCAACAAGGUGCUCUCCGGCGUGGUCGAUUCGUCGUUUGGCGUCUUGCGUUCUCUACUUCCUGGCCAGAGCCAGACUCCAGCUACAGCUACCACACUAGCUGCAGAGACGACUGAAGAAACCUCGCGUCCGGGCUUCGGUAUCCUUCGGCGUGACACUGGCUUCUCCAUUGCAAGUCUUGCCGCGUCGUUGCCCGGGAGCCGGGCCAGCCGGUCGGGCACAGGUGAAGAAAGUGGUCAGCAGAUGAUCGAGGUCCCCUCAAGGCCAGGUUCGAGUCGCUCCAUGAGGGUACCCGAAGAAGAGGCUACUGAGUCCGAAGAGGGCACAACGGAGGAGGAAGGCGAUGAAGACGAAGACGAGGAAGACGAAGAAUAUGGCCACGACGCUCGCAGCAUUCGCAGUUUCGAGAGUAUGAUGAGCGGACGGAGUAGACAGGGCAAGGGGAAGCGCAAGUUCAUCGGUGCGGGCCGUAUGAGCUUGACAGACCGACUGGCCAGUAUGCCGGGCCUAUCACGCCUGUCUCAGGGUGCACAGAACGAAGCGGCGAAAGCUUCGCCACCAGGUUCCCGUCGCUCCUCGCUCCUCCUUCCAGCGACGACGACGAUUCCGACGACAAACCGCUUCGAUACGCCGAUCUCUUCCCGUGCGGCGUCACCCAUAGCCAUUCGAGUAUCGCCACCCAAUCCGCACUUCUUGUCGUGUACCGAGGACGACAUCAAGGUAUCUGAAGUGGGGGAACUGCUGCGUGAGUACAAGCGAUUGGCUGAAGCUAUUCGGGCUAUGGGUGGCUUCCACGACGACGCAUGA